GGUCAGGUCCAUCUUUCAGAGCGACUCGAAGCUGGUCACAGCCCUCUGCGUGGCGUAUUUCGCCCUUCUUGGCUGCGCACUGCGAGUCGCCAUCGACCUUUGGCUGAAAGGUCUGGAUUUCGGCGUCACCACCUCUGACCCAGGACCAUUUCGGGUCUUCUCACAUCGAUGCUACAAGCGAAGCACGGCGUCUGGCUACUUCUUCCAGAAUGUGUUGGGAUGCAUCUUGAUGGCCACGGUCGCGAGGCACAAGAAAGCGAUGAACCAGCAUUUGGCCACUGGCUUGGCUUCUGGGCUCUGUGGGAGUCUGACGACCUGGGCCACCUGGAUGGGAGAGGUCGCUGCAACUAUCACAAACGGCUUCGUCUUCCAAGCUUUUGUGAGCGUGGUGUGCAUGCUCUGCGUCUCCCUCUCGACAUAUCGUUUGGGCCACUUCCUCGCCGGUUGCGGCAUGGAGGAUGAGCCCAAAUGCUUCGACGAGUACUGCGGCCUUCGGAUCCUUUUCUCGCACGAGGAGAAGCGCGCGGACGACUCAGAGGAGGACACAUCGGAUGAAGAUCGUGGAGCUGGUGCUGAGGAUGAGGAGUGGGGGCUCCAAGUGGACCAUCCGGCGACCUGGCGCGAGCCGGAGAGGAAGCAGGUCUUCCUGAGCGACGCGGUUCACAUUGCAAUCGUCGCGAUUGCUUUCGUGAUCAUUGCGCUGUUCUUCGGAGUGUCGGCAGGACGAGACUACGAGUCUGGACUACUUGAUAUGGCUUUUGCACCCUUCGGCGCGCUCUUGCGCUGGUGGCUUUCGCUGUUCAACAAGUACACAGCGCCGUUCCCUCUCUUCACCCUGAUCGCAAACACACUCGGCUGUCUCUGCAAUGCCCUCGGCGGCGUCUACGAGGCCCGGGCCUCUUCGGAGUUGGGGCGCGCAGCCCUGGCAGCGCUGAGCACGGGCUUCGCCGGGAGCCUCUCCACUGUGUCCACUCUCAUCAGUGAGCUGCGCAGUGACACGCUCGGCGGACUGCGCCUAC